AUCCCGAGGCCCGCGCCCCGCACCCCGCGCCGCCACCAUGGGGGCCUGCCUGGGAGCCUGCUCCCUGCUGAGCUGCGCGUCCUGCCUCUGCGGCUCUGCCCCCUGCAUCCUGUGCAGCUGCUGCCCCUCCAGCCGCAACUCCACCGUGAGCCGCCUCAUCUUCACGGUCUUCCUCUUCCUGGGGGUGCUGGUGUGCAUCAUCAUGCUGAGCCCUGGCGUGGAGAGUCAGCUCUACAAGCUGCCCUGGGUGUGUGAGGAGGGGGCCGGGACUCCCGUGGUCCUGCAGGGCUACAUCGACUGUGGCUCCGUGCUUGGCCACCGUGCUGUCUACCGCAUGUGUUUCGCCAUGGCGGCUUUUUUCUUCCUUUUCUCCCUGCUCAUGAUCUGCGUGCGGAGCAGCCAGGACCCCCGGGCUGCCAUCCAGAACGGGUUUUGGUUCUUUAAGUUCCUGGUCCUCGUGGGCAUCACCGUGGGUGCCUUCUACAUCCCUGACGGCUCCUUCUCUGACAUCUGGUUCUACUUUGGCGUUGUGGGCUCCUUCCUCUUUAUCCUCAUCCAGCUGAUACUGCUCAUUGACUUUGCACACUCCUGGAACCAGCGGUGGCUGGGCAAGGCCGAGGAGUGCGACUCCCGCGCUUGGUAUGCAGGCCUCUUCUUCUUCACCUUUCUCUUCUACUCGCUGUCGAUUGCGGCCGUGGCACUGAUGUUCAUCUACUACACCCAGCCCAAUGCCUGCUACGAGGGCAAGGUCUUCAUUGGCCUCAACCUCACCCUCUGUGUCUGCGUCUCCAUCACCGCCAUCCUACCCAAGGUCCAGGAUGCCCAGCCCAAUUCGGGUCUGCUGCAGGCCUCAGUCAUCACGCUCUACACCAUGUUUGUCACCUGGUUGGCCCUCUCCAAUGUCCCUGACCAGAAGUGCAACCCCCACCUGCUGACCCACCUUGCCAAUGAGACAGUCCUGGCAGGCUCCGAGGGCUAUGAGACCCAGUGGUGGGAUGCCCCCAGCAUCGUGGGUCUUGUCAUCUUCCUCCUGUGCACCCUCUUCAUCAGCAUGCGCUCCUCAGACCACCGGCAGGUGAACAGCUUAAUGCAGACAGAGGAGUGCCCACCCAUGCUGGAGGCCACGCAGCAACAGCAGGUCGCAGCCUGCGAGGGCCGAGUCUUUGACAAUGAGCAGGAUGGCGUCACCUACAGCUACUCCUUCUUCCACUUCUGCCUGGUGCUGGCCUCCCUGCACAUCAUGAUGACGCUCACCAACUGGUACAGACCUGGCGAGACCCUGAAGAUGAUCAGCACGUGGACUGCCGUGUGGGUGAAGAUCUGUGCCAGCUGGGCAGGGCUGCUCCUCUACCUGUGGACCCUGGUUGCCCCCCUCCUCCUGCCCAACCGCGACUUCAGCUGAUGCAACCCUCUGCAGCCUGCCCACCUGGUGCCUGGCUGCUCAGUGACAGCCAUCCCCCUCCCCAGCCAGCCAGCCAGGCCGAGCCCGCAGCCUGCCCCACCUCCAGGACUUGCCCCUGAGCUGGGCCAAGUGCCUUUCGGGUCUGUUCUUAGUGCCUUCAGGCUCUGAGGAACCUCAGGCUCACGCCUGAGCCCCACCCUCUUGUUACCCCCAGACUUCGGAGGAGGAGCUGUCUUUUCCUUCCCUAUGUCCCUGGCCACCCAUUCUCGUCCCCUUGGGAAAAAGGGACUCCUUUGUUAUGCUCCCCAGGAGAGUGGAGCUGAAGGAAAGAGCUGCUCAGAGCUGUGCAGAGAGCCAGGAGUGCUCACUAGGACGGGGUGUGGGCACUGAGGCCUGGAUAUUCCUGACCACCUCCCCAGGACACCCCCACCCCCUUCCUGGACUCUGUGCCUUACUGAGCCUUUAGGACUCUGCCCAAUAAACAAGUCAGUGUGUGUACCUUCU